AUGGCAGCUCAACGGGUGCUAAUAUACCUCUUGAGACGAGAUUUGCGACUUUGCGACAACCCUAUCUUCCAUGAAAUACACAGGCUCUCACAACAGCCCCAGAACCAGUUCACCCAUGUCCUACCAAUUUAUGUCUUUGCUGCUCAGCAGGUGGAAGUCUCUGGGUUCCUCGCUGAUACAGGUGCUAAAUCACCUUUCCCGGAAGCUCGGUCCGAAUUGGGAAAUUUCUGGAGGUGUGGUCUUCACAGGGCCAAAUUCCUCGCACAAUCAGUCUGGGGCUUGAAAUCUGACCUUGAGGAGGUUGGAUCUGGCCUCGUCAUACGGGUCGGCACUUUGGGUCAAGUCAUGCGAGAUCUCUUACAAGAGUUCGAGCAGGAAAAGGGCGAGGUGUCUAUCUCAGCGGUGUGGAUGACUGAGGAAGAGGGUGUGGAGGAAAAACAAGAGGAGAGAGAUGUACGAAGAGCUGCUGAACGAGCCGGAGUUGAUUUCAAGCUAUGGCCAGAUGAGAAGUACUUCAUUGAUGAUCGAGAUCUUCCCUUUGAUAAACCAACCGAUCUCCCGGACGUCUUCACCAGCUAUCGAAAAUCAGUCGAGCCCCUCAGAGACGCUCCGCGAAAGACAGUCCCAACUCCAUCCUCAUUGCCGUCCAUACCGACAUUCAUACCCUCUCAGAGUCAACCAUUUUCUGUACCUGAUACCUAUGAGAAGCUAGAAUCAUGCUUAACCAAGCCUCUUAGAGACAGCCCUUCUCUCGACGACCCACCGUCAUUUCCUCCCGGAGUGCAAACAGCACACCCCUUCCCCGGUGGCAGCUCGGCGGGCCUGGAACGAAUACGGUCUCUGAUUGGCUCUGGAGCCAUGAGCAGAUACAAAGACACUCGCAAUGGCUUGUUAGGGACGGAAUUUUCAACCAAGCUCUCAGCUUGGCUAGCACUUGGCUGCAUCACCGCUCGUCAAGUCCAUUCACAGCUGCUAGAUUUUGAGGAGGGCCAGGAUGACCAAUACAAAGGCAUAGAGGGAUACGGCAAAGGGGAGAACGCUGGCACGGCCGCCGUUCGGUUCGAACUUUUAUGGCGCGACUAUACGAGGCUAUGCACGAGGAAAUUUGGACCUCGGUUGUUCCGAUUGGAAGGAUUCCGGAACGACCACUCUUUUGCCUGGAAGACGCCGAGAGGCAGAAACGAGGGCGAUGAGGUGACCAGGGCCUUUCAAAGAUUCCUCAGAGGGACAACCGGUACCGGAUUGAUUGAUGCGAGCCAGCGAGAACUCCUGCUUACCGGUUAUACCAGCAAUCGAGCACGACAAAAUGUUGCCAGUUACCUAUCGAAACGUUUAGGAAUCAACUGGAAACUUGGUGCUGAAUGGUAUGAAUGCAUGUUGAUCGACUACGACGUAAGUUCCAACUGGGGUAAUUGGCAAUACGUGGCCGGCGUAGGGAACGACCCACGGGGAGAGGCUCGAGUGUUCAAUCCAAUCAAGCAAGGCUGUGAUUAUGACCCUCAGGGGGAAUAUUGCAAAGCUUGGGUGGAGGAGCUGCGCGGAUUAGAGGACCCGCAGGAAAUAUUCCAGCCAUGGAAAGUGAGCGAAGAAAAAAGAUCCGAGCUGGGAUUCGAGGGACUGGAAAUGGUGGAACGUCCACUCAUCAAGAUUGAUUUCAAGGUGGGCGGGAAGGGGAAAGAUCGUAGUCGAGGUGGUCGUUAUGGAGGGAGUAGUCGAGAAAAACCAAAUGGCGGAGGUGAGAGUGGUCGAGGACGAGGUGGCAGUUUUGGAGCGAGAGGAAGGUUUCGCGGACGAGGAAAAGGGCGACGGACCGGGUAA